AUGGCCAGCUAUCCAACCAAAGAUGAAGACGAAGUCUGCAUCAGCGAAGAGUCCAGCGAACACGGAUCCCCUGAACCAUCCUCGGGUUUCAUGCCCCCGAUUGCCACGCGUAAUCGUCCGCGGAUUUCAACAUGCGAAACCGCCCAUGUGGAAGCUGUGACUGUGUUCGAGCUUUUCGACUGGUCGUGUGAGGAGGGGAGUGAAACGGAAUCAGAUUCCUCUGACGAACAGAUGCGGUGGUUGAUUCUGGCCGGUUUCUGCUGCUGCAUCCCUUGGGGCAUAGGCAUGUACCUUGGCCUGUUCACAGAACGCAAGAAGGAUCGCGGUUUAAGGCUCCUCGGGAAGCUUGCGGCGCUUCUCUGGGCGAUUGCAUGGGUGGUCUUCAUUGGCCUUUGCAUUCUGGUUGUAAUCACUAUUAUGAAAGUGACGCAUGGUCUCAGCGAAAAAACGUACGGGACAGUGGCGUUCAUGGGUCUUAUGCCUGCGAGAACGUGGUCAGAUGCUGACCUCCUCGAGCACGUGUACAACCUCGGCUUUGACGCUAUCUCCAUAUCGCCGCCUGGCAUCGGUGACACGACAAAUAUUACUGCCCAGAAGGGAGGGUUUUACACGGACGAGAAUUUCCUUAGUCAAGUCCUUGAGUCUUGUCUCGACAUCCGACUGAAUACAACCGUGUUCGUCUCCCACAGCAACAUCGUCACUCGUCAGUUCUUCUUUCCUCUCCUCAUGCACCAGCCGCUGUUUGGCUUCGUACUCUUCGACACGUACACUGGAGACGAAUGGAUUACAGAAGUGAACCCGAUGAUGAAUGACCAUGAGUUCUACAUGCCAAAGACACGCAACUACCGAUAUGUCGGCACUCGUCGACUUUCCGAGAAUGCUGGUAACCCAGGGGAGUUCAUUCACAACCACGUAUCAAGCUUUCCGGUCAUGCCUCGCGUGCUACAAGCUACUCAGUGCAUCGCCUCUCCCACGGAUGAUACAGAUCAAAAUUGGGAUAAUGAUGAGCCGGAUCUCUUGGGCCCAUUCCAGUUCUUCAAGGGAAAGUACAAAGUUCCAGGUUGGGGAACAAAGGAGCAAGCACUUCUCACCCAUCCUCUCGACCCACCUCCCAGCGAUAAGAAGUCCUUGUUGUCUUUGAUAUCAUCUGGAAAGCUGGCGGAGGAGGCGGAUUCCACACGGGCAGCUGACGAGGAGCGGGCGGCUCGGAUCCGGGAGAUCCCAGUAGAGUAUUUCGAUGAACUGAAAGUUGCGCUCAGUGAAUUUCUUAACGAAAUCAAGGACCGUGUCGACAUCGAUGACUACCAUCCAGAUCGCUUACCCGUCGUCUUGAGAGAAGACCGGAAAAAAGAAUAUAUACGCGCCCGCGAAAAAACGACGAUUAUCUCGAAAAGCAACAUCUAUUGUCUCUCGUCGGAGGCUUCAAAGUUUCCCUCUGGUUCUUCACCACAGCGCAGUUUCCAGAGCAGUGAGAGGAAGGCGAUGGCUCAUUCUGGGACAUACGGUACAGCAGAAAAGGUGUUGCGUCCGUCAAGGCCCCUGCCGCAAUUUGGACCAAACGAAACUGAAGCUGACGAAGAAGAGUUACUUUUGCUGUCCCCGCGGCUUCGAGGGACGGAUGCGCACGAACGCGUUCCCACAAUCCUAAGGAAACUGCCUUGGGAGCAUCUCGGACCCCCUGCACCUGCCGUUCAUCCUGAAAGAUUCUCUGCUCCUCAAAAAAGGAAACUCAAGAAAUAUUACGCUAAACUUGACCGUAACAGAGCGAAACAGGCCGCAAGUAGGCAAAAAACGUCAGCAGAAAAGCUGGAGGGUCUAAAGAACAGGACGUAA